CAAUUUUUCCUAAGCUAUGGAUUGCACGAGUUUAAAGUUUUGUUUGUUAUAGCAAAGAAAUGAACAUAAUUCUUGUUUUUUGUGUAAUUAAAUUUGCAUGGACUUUAGGCAAUAGCUAUAAUUAUGAGAAAAAGAGUUUCGGCUUAGGUAGACGCAUUUUCCCUCGAAUAAACCCAACCCAACUGAAGUAUCUUCCAAUGUUCGACACCGCGCAGCGCCCAAGCCCCCUCCCCUCUCCAAAGAGGAGCCUAUUCUCCGGCUCCAACUACCAAAAUCUAACGCAAGGGUUCCACAUAAAGGGCAAUAAGCGGGUGUAUAAUAAGCUGUUCGAUUAUCCAGCGAGGGAGCAAGGGCAGCAAGCGUUUUUUAGAGGGGAUCAUGAUUGCAUUCUGAGCAGACUGGCGGUGGAUACUGGCGGGUGUCUCCCAACUCUACUGCGCGGGGGGGUGGGGUACCGGUAUUUCCUCGUACUCGUGCGCGCACCGACCGGACACCGGAUGAAAGGGCGCGUGCGUGCGUGGUGCCGGAACACUAGCGACGAGUACGCGGCGGCUUGGUAGCUUACAUGUGA